UAACACGUCACUUCCGCCUUGUACAAAGCCACUUCCGUCCUUGUUAGUUAACCAAAACAACCAUGGCGACUUAUGCACAGGUCGGGAGGUUGUUGGGUAUUUCAGCAAGAUUUGUGCGACCACUGGCUAAUAGUGGAUGUCAGAGCAGUAGAUCCUACUGGUCCUCGCAAGUCACAGGAUUCUCAAACAGAUGGCAACAAAACCCCGUCUGGGUCGUUCCUGGAAGGACCAUGUUUGUGCAGACACAGGACACGCCAAAUCCAAACAGCCUGAAGUUCCUGCCUGGGCGAACAGUUUUAGAGGAAGGGACUAUGAAUUUUCCCACCUCUCGUGAUGCAUUCUGCUCACCUUUAGCCAGACAGCUGUUUCGGAUUGAUGGAGUUAAGAGUGUCUUCUUUGGCCCUGAUUUUAUCACCAUCACAAAGUCCGAUGAAACAUUGGAAUGGAAAGUAAUUAAGCCUGAUGUGUAUGCUGCUAUCAUGGACUUCUUUACUUCUGGGCUUCCAGUUGUGAAUGAAGACAGCAAGCCGAGGGCCGAUACAGCACCAUCAGAGGAUGAUGAUGAAGUAGUUUCUAUGAUCAAAGAGCUGUUGGAUACACGAAUAAGGCCUACAGUGCAGGAGGACGGCGGUGACGUUCUGUAUCGGGGAUUUGACGACGGCAUUGUAAAACUAAAGCUGCAGGGGGCCUGCACCAGUUGCCCCAGUUCCAUUGUUACCCUGAAGAACGGCAUCCAGAACAUGCUGCAGUUUUACAUACCUGAAGUUGAGGCGGUGGAAGAGGUGAAGGAAGAUGAGGACGAAGAAGCAGCUCAAGUUUAACCAGAUCCUGUUCAACACACCUCCUUCUUUUAAAGCCAUAGAUGCAAUACAACUGCUCUCAGCACCACUCUGAUUCCAAGAACUCAUCCUCUUUAUUCAUCCAGGUUUUUUCAUUUCGUUUUGUAGUUCUGGCCUAAGUUAUGGCAGAACUGAAAUAAAAUGCAAGACAAAAUUCAUAUAAAAAGAAUACGCUGAAAUAAUUUGUAUUUAUUCUUUCAUAGUGUUACAUGACUUCUGAAUCAGUCAGCAGUCAAAGCUGCCUAUAGGCUGGAAAUUCAUAUUGGAUACUUUAUCUUUACAGAAUAUAUACUGUGUCUAUAUAAAUAAACAUUGUUUAAAUUC